CAAGAAGACUAAGUAUUCCUUACCUUUUUAGCUUAGGUUAGCUCUCAACAAGCUUAUCUCAGGAUCCACUACGGAGUAAUUAGUACCAAUUAUGGACUAGUCCCGCUUAAGGGUCCAGUAGUCUAAGUCAGCUACAGCGUAAGCGCAAGCGCACACAGCGCGGGCCGGAGCUGCCCCAAGGAAAAAGUCGGGCGGAAAAUCCCAACGUUGAAUUUUUGAGUGACUUUUGACUUUCCGUUCCGGAGCUCUCCAUUUUAACAAUUUCCCAAUUCCAACGUUGAAUUUCACUUUCACACCUCAGAGAGAGUUGAGUUUCAACGAUAAUACCUCUUUUCUCUCUCUCCCUCACCUCCUAAACUAGGAUCCCCCUCUAUCCACGGCAACGGAUCACCAUGUUCUCGCGUGCUCUGCGAGUUCCCAGAGCAGCGGCGCCUUUGGCGCGUGCCAGAGCUGCUCGACCUGUCGUCGUCGCACCUUUCCGUUCCGUCACCACAAAUGCUGCUACCUCGCACGCUGAUAAGAACGCCGUUCCCGAUGCCGACGAUAAGCACUUCCAGGUCACCCUGAGCGACGAAAGCUUCGAGACCUACGAGCUCGACCCGCCCUCGUACACUCUCGACGUUACCAAGAAGGAGCUCCGACAGAUGUACUACGACAUGGUGGUUGUCCGACAGAUGGAGAUGGCUGCCGAUAGGUUGUACAAGGAGAAGAAGAUCCGGGGUUUCUGCCACUUGUCCACCGGCCAAGAAGCCGUCGCUAUCGGUAUCGAGCACGCAUUGACCAAGGAGGAUGACAUUAUCACCGCCUACCGAUGCCACGGCUUCGCCCUGAUGCGCGGAGGUACCGUCCGAUCUAUCAUCGGCGAACUCCUAGGCCGACGCGAGGGUAUCGCUUACGGCAAGGGUGGUUCUAUGCACAUGUUCACCAAGGGCUUCUACGGCGGUAACGGUAUCGUCGGUGCUCAGGUCCCCGUCGGUGCUGGUCUGGCUUUCGCGCACAAGUACACCAACAACCCAAGGGCCACCGUCAUCCUGUACGGUGAUGGUGCCAGCAACCAGGGUCAGGUCUUCGAGGCUUUCAACAUGGCCAAGCUCUGGAACUUGCCUGCCCUGUUCGGCUGCGAAAACAAUAAGUAUGGUAUGGGUACGGCUGCUAACCGAUCGUCUGCUCUUACCGACUACUACAAGCGUGGUCAGUACAUCCCUGGUCUCAAGGUCAACGGAAUGGACGUCCUCGCGGUAAAGGCUGCUGUCAAGUACGGUAAGGAAUGGACGGUUGCCGGUAACGGACCUCUCGUCCUCGAAUACGUCACUUACAGAUAUGGUGGUCACUCUAUGUCUGACCCCGGUACCACGUACCGAACCCGAGAGGAGAUUCAGCGCAUGCGGUCUACCAACGACCCCAUCGCCGGCCUCAAGCAGAAGAUUCUCGACUGGGCAGUCUGCACCGAGGACGAGCUGAAGUCGAUCGACAAGGAGGCCCGCAAGCACGUCAACGACGAGGUUGCCAUCGCCGAAGCCAUGCCCGUCCCGGAGAACACGCCCAAGAUCCUGUACGAGGACAUCUAUGUCAAGGGCUCGGAGCCGCAGUUCAUGCGCGGCCGCACGCCGGACGAGAACUUCUACUUCAACGCUUAAGAAACCUAUCUGCAUACCUAGAUAGCUUUUUACUGGCACGAUGGUAACGAAACAACGUCUGACGACAUCAAAGAAACCCUGUAGAAUUAAAAAAUAGAUGGGGCAGGCUGGGCUGGGGGAAGGGUUGGAGUAAUUUAAACGGGUUACCUACCUAAUGGAAUCAUUAUUGUUUCGAUUACGCCCGAUUCAUUCAACGUUGCAGAACCUCGCCCUGUAUAUUUGUGUAACUAGUCCUGUCUAGUCUAGUCUAGUCUAGUCCGGUCCGGUCCGGUCUGCCGGCUUUGGGCUGCCGGCUUUGGGCUGUGGGCUUUGGGCUGUGGGCUUUGGGAGAAAUAGAAGAGCGAUGAUACCAUGCACGGUUCCUUGAUAUAUGCUUUCUUGAUUUGUUGGGUUACCUAGGUGUGAUGAUUUUUGAAUGAUUAAUUCGACAAUUUUAUACCCGAUUUCGUGCCGCGUAGCUAGAAAUCCGAAUUAAAGACGUGAGGAUUGGAG